UCUAUCACUUUACCUACGAAGAAAUAAUGUGAAGCAUUCUAUUUUCUACUAUAUUAUGUUUGUUGUGAAGAGAUUCAUCAGAUUAACGUUUCCAGUGCUAUGUGCUUCGGCAAUUGCUAUUAUAUUACCAAUUUUUUGUGAUGGUCCCCAUUCGCAUUUUCUACAGGAACAUGUAGGUGCAAUUGAAGAGAAUAUAUGGAAAUACGUUUUACAUAUAUCGAAUUUCUAUAAAAUUCAACCAUUGGUAAUUCUCCACAUGUGGAUUAUGAAUGCAAUAUUCCAAUUAAAUAUUAUAACUGCACCCAUAUUAUUUAUACUUGACAGGUGGCAAACAUUUGGAAUUAUAACGAUGAUCUUACUUAGUUUAAUCGGAUUUGCAAUGAACAUUGCAAUUCUCAUAAUUUCUGAUUGCUCGAACACAUUUGGAUAUUCUUUGGACAUAGAGAAAACAUUGAGAUAUCUCGAACACAUUCAAUGCAAACCGUAUACCAUACAUCUAAGUAGUUACUGCAUGGGAUUGCUGGUUGGAUACCUUUUAUCAGAAGGUAAAAUCAUGAGAUUCGAAAAGAAAACCAGUUUCAUAUUUUGGAUAUGCUCAAUUACAUCAAUGUUAUUUUCAAUAUACGGGUUACACGGAUAUAUAACGGAGGUAUCGCAGAAUGAAAGUAUAGUUCUGUUGUUCAGAGCGUUUUCAACUUAUCUAUGGUUAACUGGCCAAAUAUGGAUGUGCAUUUCAUUUACUAAUGGAAGCGGAGGUGCAGUUAAAAGGUUUUUGUCUCAUGAUGUAUUUUUAAUAUUGGGUCGUCUAAAUGUAUCUCUCUAUAUAGUACAUAUCUUUAUUAUAGUAUACAUUAUCACUUGCACUAGAAAACCUUUUUAUCUUUCGAUCAUGACAUUGAGGAUGUUAAAUAUAUUCAUCACACUUAUUUCUAUCGUCGCAUCCUUCGUUUUAUAUUUAUUUCUAGAAGCGCCAUUUAAUUCUAUUUUCAAAAUGAUAUUUCACAAAAGAAAUUCGAAAGAAACUUUAACACAAACGAAUAACUAUCAACUUCAAACAAUGAAGAAGUACGAAUAACUAAUAAUUGUUAAAUUUAAUUCGUUAUAAU